UCUCCCUUUCUUCAGUUGUGUUCGAUAUCUCGUUGUUGCUUCUUUGAGAAGCUAAAGAGAAAGAGAGAGGGACAGACAAGUCGAGUUUAGUCAAUGUACAAGUCGAAGUUGCAAGAGCUGUGCCACCAGAGGAAAUGGGCCUUGCCGAGGUACUCCGCCAUAAAAGAUGGUCCGGAUCACUACCCUCGCUUCCGGUCAUCUAUUCAUCUCCAUGGCCGAUGCUUUGAUGCUCCGGUUGCCUGCGGUUCCUUGAAAGACGCUCAGAAUGAGGCUGCGAAGCUCGCUUUCCUCCACUUCUCUUCUGCUCCUUCUGCAGGGAAAUCGAGCGGGAUAACUGAGUCUACAUCUCCCAGUCUCCUUGUGACAGAAGAAGCUCGUAAAAGCCCUCCCCGCUCAGACUUGAUCCCAACUUCCAAGUCCCCGCAGAGUCCCUAUGAUGAACAUGGUUCAGUUGCUGCUUCGAGCGUCAGUUAUGAAAAACCCGAUGAAAAAUGUAAAGGAGUAGAUGAUGCCGAAGACUGCAACAAGAAAUUGUACAGACUGACUCAGAAAUCUGAUGAGAUGGUUGAAGAAGAAAAUUUGUCUUCACCACCCGAAUUAGUACCAUCCUCGCGUUUUCUACUGCCUGCUGCUGCUGCUGCUGCCAGUCUUACAAUUGAGCAUCUUCGUCCUUCUUCAACUAUAUGCUCGACAAAGAUGAAGGCUCGGGAAACCCCAAGCUACUUGCUGUGCAACCGAGUGAGGGUCUAUACAAGCUUUCCCGACAUUACAUUCCCUGAAGGCAUCAUCUUGGUGCCCAUCGCUUAAUGAAUGGGUCGCUGCAAGCUUGGAAUUCCCGAUCAGAUAACGUGGUUUUCUUGGGAGAGGUGCUUAUUGAGUUCCCUUCUUACUAUCUGAGUUGCUCGUGUCUGUACCGUUGUAUGGAUCAGAGUCCGAGAUUAUCGCUAGAUUUCUUCUUUCUGAUGCUGUCUUCCCACUUUUCGGGAGCUGCUAAAUUCAAAUGGCAGCUGAUAAUAACAGACGAUUCUAAUA